AUGGGUCCGAAGAAGAAGAAGGGGAAGAAGAAGUCCAAGGAAGAGCUCGAGGAAGAGCGUCGGCUCAAGGAGGAGGAAGACCUUCGUACCAAGCAAGAGGAGGAGCGGCGCCUCGAGGAAGAGCGCAAGCGACACGAAGAAGAGGAGCGAAAGCGUCGGGAGGAGGAAGCCAAAAGCCGCGCGGCCGAGCUCGUGCGGCUGGCCGACGAGUUCGAGUCGAGCAAGGACGCGAUUGCAGCCAAGGCAGCUCGCCUGCAGCAGGAGCUUCGCCACCGAAAGGAGAUCAAAGACUGGGAAAAAUACCUUGCCUGCGAGACCAAGCCGGACGCGACGCUCGAAGGCGACAUCAACGCGUUCGUCAACUCGUGGCUUCUCGAGGACGACACGGACCUUCCGAGCGUCGUCAAGUCGUGCGAAGACGCGCGUCGUGUGAUCUUGGACCUGAUCUUCGUCUGCGCCGAGGCGCAAGCGCUCAACCAGCCCGCCCAGCUCGCGCGCUGCGAAGGCUUCAUCGAGCACAUCAUGGAGCUAACACGGCAAAAGAUCGAGACCAACACGGCCCACAUCUUACAGUACGCGGAUGAGUUCCUGGACCAAAACGCUGCCGCCAACUCCAAGGGCGAAGUCAAGAUCACGAGCGCGGCUGGCCCUGUCAAGGUCGGACUCUGGAUCAACAUUAUACCGAAAGGACUACGGAACAAAAAGAUCGACUUUGCCGAAAUGGAAAUGCUCGUGGAUGUGCCCAAGCCUGUUGUGAUGCAGUCCCUCGCCGUGCGCGCCAUCUACCUUCCGUAUGACAACGCGCCGAACUCGGUCCACAACCUCGACGUCGCUCUCGGAGGCGUCUUUUCGAUUGAUCUACUCUGCCUUCCACCGGCCCCGAAGCGUGCGCGCGGCUGGGUCAUGCGAGAACUUAGCGUGGAAAAAAUCCAUCGACUCGAGUACCCACUGGAAGGCUCUGUCGCGACAGCGUCGCUCGCCAUCAAGGUGUCGGUGACGUUACCAAAAGAUGUGAUUUACCCCACGAAUCCACGCGUCGGGUGGUGGGAUGCCAACGCUGAGACGUGGGUCGAAGACGGGAUCUCUGAAAUCCUAUUCAACGAGGAAGCCAACGUCCUCAACUUCAAUACACUCAAACUCACCAAGAUCGCCGUGCUCCAACAGCGCAACGCCAACCACACAAAGCACUCGUGGAGUCUCAAGAUGAGCACAGUCAACGACGGCGACAAGCACACGUGCGUCGCGCACCUCAAGCUCCAAAACGACAUGUACCGGCUCAUCCACUUGGAGGUGACCGACAUUGGCGUGCGCCUCGUGUCGCCGAGCGUCAAGCAACUCUCGGAGCUCAACAGUGCGUACUUGCCACCGCAAGAGACGCUCAAGCGCCUUGCGAUGGCCGGUAUCGACCUGACGCCCUCCGUGGCUGACGAUGCGCGCUUCGGUGUUAUGCCAAAAGAUCGCGCUUUGGAAGAGAGCUUGGUGUGCGAGCUGCUCGGAAUCGCGUGUGCCUUUGAGAUCACGAGCAUUCCACACGGCCACGAGUGGGACCCGGUGAUCAUCGCGAGCCCCAAGCACGCCGUCUUUAGCGUCAAGGAGAUCGUGUGGCCGCUCGUGACGCACGAGACCGAAGACGACGUCAAGUCGCUCGAUGUCAGCGAUUACGUGCACAUCACCGCGCAGGUCGAUACACAGACGAGCGCCGGCAUCAAGUUCAGCACCAACCGCAGCUCCAACCCGUACGACACGUAUGUGCACGUCAAAGAAGCGCUCGGUCCGCUGUGCACACCGGACGCGAAGGACCGCAUGGAGAACUCCAACCUCAUCUUCGAGCACAAUCUGCUCAAAGUGCUGAGCUUGCUGCGGCUCUUUAGCUACACCCAGUCUUUCAAGCAGCACGAGCUGGCUGUCCAUCGGGUCGUCGACGAUACCGACGACGUGCCUGCAGCGUUAGCAGGAGACGAGGCAGCGCUCGACAAGCCGGCCGACGAGAGCACGCUGCCGAUCGAACGGCCCGCCGAGCCCGUCGCUACGUAA